ACGACGUGACAUGCAAAUUUGUAACGGCAUGGCCGCAAUGAUACUGCAUAAUGCUAAACAUAUGUGUCUCAAGUCUUUCGCAAUGCUCCGCACAACGGUCAACCGAAGUAUCCGAAAUUAUAGUGCUAAUGUAUCUGCUUCGAUAAAAUGCAAUCGGCUGGAAGGAAAAGUCGCUAUAGUUACAGCAUCCACAGAAGGAAUAGGCUUUUCCAUAGCGAAACGUUUGGCGCAGGAAGGCGCCAAGGUAAUGAUUAGCAGCCGUAAAGAAGCGAACGUGAAGAAGGCUGUGGAAGCACUCAAAUCCGAAGGUUUGCAAGUUGCCGGCACCGUCUGUCAUGUAGGAAAGGCAGAGGACAGGAAAAAUCUGUUUGAAAAAACCAAAACUGAUUUUGGAGGCUUGGAUAUUUUGGUGUCUAAUGCAGCCGUUAAUCCAAUGGCUGGUCCAGUGUUGGACUCCCCUGAGGAAGUAUGGGAUAAAAUAUUUGACAUCAAUGUUAAAUCUACAUUUCUGCUGAUGAAAGAGUCUUUGCCACUUCUUAAAUGUGGCAAAUCGCCUUCCAUUAUCAUUGUGACUUCAAUCGCUGGCUAUCAGCCCUUUAAUUUAUUAGGAGUAUAUUCGAUUAGCAAAACUGCUUUAUUGGGCCUGAUUAAAGCUACUGUAAAGGAUCUUGCAGAUGAUGGAAUCCGUAUAAACGGUAUCGCGCCAGGAGUGAUAAAGACAAAAUUUUCAAAACCGUUUUACGAAUCGGAAGAAGCGCAUGAACUUGCUAAAUCCAAUAGCGACAUGAGAAGACUCGGAAUGCCAGAUGAGAUUGGAGGUGUGGCUGCAUUUUUAGCAAGCAACGAUGCUUCUUACAUCACUGGCGAAACCAUAAUAGUGGCUGGUGGAACGAAUGCAAGGCUUUAAAUCAUUUUGCAAUAACAUUUUUUAUAUUUUUAUGUACAUAGAUAAUGUUGGUACAUUUGUAUGGUUAUUUUUUGUAAUUAUAUUAUUUUUAAAAGAUUGUAUAUAUCUGCAAUUUAUUUUAAUUUGUCUCUGGUAUACUUUUAUUAAUAUACAUAAAGAAAUUGUAAAAAUUACUGAAUGAAGAAUAUGUAAAAUCAAUGAAGUUGUAUGUUUAACUAAUUUGAUAUAAAUAUAUAAAUAUAUAAUUUGAA